CCCGCCGCCGAGCGGAGGGCGGCCGCCGCAGUCGGCGCGCGAUCUCGGAUCCGGGCGCAGCCGGGAGCCGGGCGCCGCCAGCCAGCACAGGGCCCAGGAACAGCAACCGGCCCCCGCGCCCCCUCCCCCGGGCCGGCCCGAGCGAGCCCGGCCCUCAGCCCGCAUCCCCCCGCGCCGCAUCCCUUCCGAUCCCGUCCCGGUCUCGCUGUCCGGGCUGUUAGUGUUGCCCUCCGUCACCGCCGAUCCCGCGGACAUGUCCUUCCCGCAGCUGGGCUACCCGCAGUACCUAAGCGCCACGGGCCCAGGCGCCUACGGCGGAGAGCGCCCUGGGGUGCUGGCUGCGGCCGCGGCUGCUGCGGCCGCCGCCUCGUCGGGCCGGCCGGGGACUGCGGAGCUGGGAGCAGGCGCGGGAGCGGCCGCAGUUACCUCGGUGCUGGGCAUGUAUGCCGCGGCGGGACCGUACGCGGGCGCACCCAACUACAGCGCCUUCCUGCCCUAUGCCGCGGACCUCAGCCUCUUCUCGCAGAUGGGCUCUCAGUAUGAACUCAAGGACAACCCAGGGGUGCACCCAGCCACCUUCGCAGCCCACACGACGCCUGCUUAUUAUCCCUAUGGCCAGUUCCAAUACGGAGAUCCCGGUCGGCCCAAGAACGCCACGCGCGAGAGCACCAGCACGCUGAAAGCCUGGCUCAACGAGCACCGCAAGAACCCGUACCCCACCAAGGGCGAGAAGAUCAUGCUGGCCAUCAUCACCAAGAUGACCCUCACGCAGGUCUCCACCUGGUUCGCCAACGCGCGACGCCGCCUCAAGAAGGAGAACAAGGUGACAUGGGGGGCGCGCAGCAAGGACCAGGAAGACGGCGCCCUCUUUGGCAGCGACACGGAGGGCGACCCGGAGAAGGCCGAGGACGACGAGGAGAUCGACCUGGAGAGCAUUGACAUCGACCAGAUCGACGAGCGUGAUGGUGACCAGAGCAACGAAGACGAGGAGGACAAGGCUGAAGUUCCCAGGGCGCGCGCAGCCCCUCCCGCCCUAGCUCGGGACCAGGGUUCACCGCUGUCGGCCGCCGAGGCACUCAAGUCCCAAGAUUCGCCCUUGGGCCUGGCUAAGGAGGUUUCAGAGCCCAGCAGCACGCGCCUGCUGAGUCCUGGCGCCACGGCGGUCGGCCUGCAGGGCGCGCCGAACAGCAAGCCCAAGAUCUGGUCGCUGGCUGAGACAGCCACUAGCCCCGACGGCGUGCCUAAGGCAUCUCCACCGCCACCCUCCAGCCAUCCCAGCGCGCACGGGCCUCCCAGCGGCGCGCCCCUGCAACACCCGGCUUUUCUGCCCAGCCACGGACUGUACACCUGCCACAUAGGCAAGUUUUCCAACUGGACCAACGGCGCGUUCCUCGCACAGGGCUCGCUGCUGAACAUGCGCUCUUUCCUGGGCGUUGGCGCGCCCCAUGCCGCACCCCACGGCCCACACCUGCCUGCACCACCACCUCCACAGCCGCCUGUCCAGGUUGCCACCGGGGUGCUCCACGGUGACAAGGCCUCCGCGCGAAGCAGUCCUGCACUUCCAGAGAGAGACCUAGUCCCCAGGUCGGAUUCGCCCCCACAGCAGUUAAAGUCGUCCUUCCAGCCCGUACGCGACAACUCGCUGGCACCGCAGGAGGGAACGCCUCGGAUCCUCGCAGCCCUCCCGUCUGCCUGAUUAAGGGUCGUCUUUUACUUUUGCGGGAGAGGGGAGGGGGAGGGGUUGGGGAGGGAGGAGUCGAGGGAGGAAUUAAGACAAAUAUUUGAGACUUAUGUAAAGGACAAACGUGACGGCGGCGUCAGUGAUUCUCACGCAUCGCUCUUUGCAAAAAGGGGCUCAUCCCGCCUAAGCGCUUGGGGGGUGGGCAGGCACUGCCUGCCGCUCGGGUUGAUUAUCCGAUUCGGUAAAUCUCCCCCACCCCCGUCCCCGUGUUUGUGUCUUCUUUGUUUCUUUUUUUUUUCUCUCCCUUUCUGUAUAUAGCGUGAUUUCAGAUUGUAAAUAGCGCGUCAGCGAACUUGUUUAAAUCAUAUAUUUUUGUCUAAUAAACUAAAUGAAACGAUG